AUGGUGGCCCCUUCAAGAAUUCUUCUCUCUAAGUGUUUCGAGUUCCGUAGAGAAGGUGAAUUUAUCGACAUUCGCUUAAAAGUGGGUGAUACACUUUUCCCAGCUCACCGAGUUGUACUCGCUUCGUAUAGCGAUUAUUUCCACUCCAUAUUUACUGAUGGGAAGGAAGCGAACCAGGAAGUGAUCGAAAUGAAAGACAAAAGCAUUUCACCGGAGAUAUUCAAGAUCGUUAUGGACUCCAUCUACAGUGGUGAACUUCAUGUCAACCAGAAGAGCGUAUUUGAGGUUCUUCUCGCUGCUAGUCAGCUUCAAAUCGCAAGUGUUGUUCAACUGUGUUGUGAUUUCGUAAAGAAGGAAUUCAUAGAAAACAGAAUUGACCUGGAGAUCUACUCCGUGCUGUGUACAAUCGCCGAAAGACUCGGUCUGAGAGAUCUGCAAGAGGCAGCAGAAGCCAAGAUGGCAUCCAUGUACAAAGAUGUUUGCGAAAGUAAAGAAUUCCUAAGUCACAUCAAUGGAGAUCAACUACUCAGCCUUCUUGGUCGAGAUGACCUCAAUUCACCCUCUGAAGCUUUCGUCUUCAAAUCAGUGAUGAAGUGGAUCAAAUACAAAGGAGAAGAGAGGAUGCCAGUCGCUGGAAAAGUUAUCGGAGCUGUUCGCCUGGGGCUGGUAGACGUUAAGAUUGUGAUUGAAGAGUUAAAAACAAAAGAAAUGCAGCGAUUUCCAGAGAUAAACAUGCAUCUGCAAGAAUCCAUGAUGCAUCACAUCAUGCCUUCUCAUGAGUUUGCCGCUGAAAAAGUUAAACCUCGAUCAAUGAGUUUGGUGCUCGUUGCCAUUCAUCCUGUGCGCUGUACUUCAAUAUUUCCCGAGGCAUCACAACGUGCAGCGAGCAUCAAGGACGGUUCGUAUAAUCGCAGGUCAGUGCAGAGUAUAGCUUACUACUUUGAUGUCAAAGCGAAGCUAUGGGCACCUUUGCCAUUUGUAGCACAAUCAGAUGAAGAAACUAGCUCGUACUUUUGUGCUGAACGCAGUGGAAACUAUUUAUUUGUAGCUAGACAGAAGCAUAACAAGGUUAAUUCCAUAGAGCGAUAUGAUGUGGUAAAUAACUCAUGGGUUGAAUUACCAGAAUACGGAAACAAUCACAAAGUUGACUGCUUGUGUUCCGUUGGUGACUAUCUUUACGCCAUUAGUGAGUCAAAUCCUCCUCAAAGGUACAGUUUGACAAAUAACAGUUGGCAAGGUGGAGUAAGAUUAGAAGUAGAAGAAAGGUGUAAGAAGUUCAGUACUGUAUCAGCAACAGUGAUGAACUCUAAAAUAUAUGUAAUUCAUGGUUAUCAAAGAAAUGAAAGUGUAGUGAGGACCAUCCGUACGCGUUGGGUCAGUGAACCAGCUGUGGUUCAUUGUUUUGACCCAAAAUAUAAUUUGUGGAAAAAACUCGCGUCAACCUGCCAUCCUCAUUUUGAAUCCAGUCUUUUGGUUGUCAAUAACAGACUAUGUGUGGCGGGGGGUUGGGAAAAUGAUUCGGUUUUUCAUAAACCUGCACCUGUGGAAGUGUACGAUGAAGCUGCUAACACCUGGUCUGUAGUGCCUCAGAAACAUAUUCCCCCAAACAACUUGGGUGCAGUUGAAAUAGAGGGGAGGGUGUAUUUCAUCAUCAACAAAUUUCCAGUUGACAGUGGGAUAAGAAUUCCACCUGAGGAAAUGUAUCAAGUUGACUUAAGUGGUUGGGGAGAUCUAGCUAAAGUCGAAAGAGGAACAGUUUUGUGUUAUUUGCCUGUCAACAUGGCAAACUUGAGCAGAGAAAAAAAUUCAGAUCAAGGAUGGCACUGCUACUGA